GUCCCUGCAGACCAUACUGAUCAAGGGAUUGCAACAGUUCCCCAGUCAGCUAUGACACCAAACUAGAUAAUCAAUGUUUCAGAUGUGAGGAAACAAAACUUAGGCAUAGCACUGGCUACCGCUUUUGACAUUAGAGCUGCUGUUCCUGAUCUGGAUAUGAGUAGCGAAGAUUUGAUUUUCUUUUUGGAUUGUGGAAUGCAAAUAUUUUCUUUUAGAAAUUUUCAGGAACAUCAUGAAUGGUACUUAUGCUAGAAGUAGUUCCAGUAACAGAGUAGGAAUAAUUAUGGUAACAUUGGCUUCAAAUUCAUACAAGGUCUUUCGAGGUUAUUAAUGAUUCAAGAAUUUGUUUCCUUUAUUUACUGUUAUCUUUCAAGAACUUGGGCUGUAUGUGGUUAUAUCCAAGCCAGUUCUCAAGUGUGUCAAGUGUUUUACAGUGUAAAUAGUCAAAACUUGAUUUUUGGUGCUGUAGGCCUUGGGGAAAAAGUAACCAAAUUUACUUCUUCCUUUACUCCAUACACAGAUAAGAACAGUAGAGGUCAGCAACAUUUCACCAGCUGUUUCUGAGAGAGAAAUCAGAGAAUUCUUUUCAUCUUCUGGUGAUAUUCAAUAUGUUGAAAUGCAAAGGGAAACAGAUGGGACCCGGCUUGCUUAUGUUACAUUCAAGGAUUCACAGGGAGCAGAUACAGCAGUACUACUGUCGGGAGCUACAAUAGCUGAUUUUUCCGUGUCUAUUACACUUGUUGAGAAUUAUAAUCUACCCCCUGAAGCUAUAUCACUGAGACUGGUAAAUCCCAUAGCUUGUUCUCAGUUGUAUCUUUAUAUCUGUUUAUCAUCAAGGAAGAUCUUCACUCUAGAGCUACUCAUGAUAUGUGAAUGUAGUGGAAUAGUGCUAACAGAGUGCGAGCUUGUUCUUUCAUAUGUUUUAAUGCGUGUAAUGGCUAUUCAUAGAAUAUCUGAUUUCAAGAACACAAAAUGCUUCUGCUUUCUGUUAUUUCUUGCUUCUACUUUUUGGAACAUGGAGUUUUUCCUUGUUUAUUGGCUUCUUUUGUUGUCUCUUGAGAGGUCCAUUUCAGAAGUAACAUUGGAGCAAAUGUCCAGUUUGUUUGGUUCCUUUUCAAUCCUUCCUUCAAAGGGGGUAACUACAGGUAUGAAAAAGAAGUUUGAACAUAUGAUAUGA